CAUAUGACCUUUCAGCCUAAUAUGGCCGCGCCUACGAGUCACGCUUCAUCGUGAAUUUAAAAAUACUGUACACGUUAUAAAUAACAAAUAAUGUGGACAUAAAAAAGUUGCGUAAUUAAUGUCGCCUGAAAAUUAAAUUCUUCCAUCGAGUAUCUGCGCAGAAUAAACCGAUAUACCUUUUUGUAUCACAGUGCAUCAGUAACAGUUUUGGCUUCACUGUAACGUGACAUUUCAGUUUUGGUACUGAAAAAAAUGAACCUUGCCUUGGUUUGUCAGAGGAACGUAAUAUCAGGAGUUAGGCGUCUUGUAGACUUUAAAAUCAAAGUACAACGCAAAAACCCAGACAUCAAUGUGCUCACCGUGAGGCACUCAUGGAAGAAAAAUACAUCCACUCUCACAGUUUUUCUUUGUCGACAUUACGUUUCACAACGAGAUAAGGAAAAUGUCGACAUGUCAAAGUUCCCAACAGAAAACAUCAGAAAUUUUUCAAUCAUCGCUCAUGUUGAUCAUGGAAAAAGUACCCUAGCUGACAGACUCCUUGAAUUAACAGGAGCAAUUGACAAAACUGACCGCAAUAAACAAGUUCUGGAUAAACUACAGGUUGAGCGGGAAAGAGGAAUCACAGUGAAGGCACAGACUGCCUCUUUGUUUUAUUAUUAUAAAAAUCAGACAUAUUUAUUAAAUCUGAUUGAUACCCCAGGCCAUGUUGAUUUUAGCUAUGAAGUGUCAAGAUCCCUUUCAGCCUGUCAAGGUGUACUUCUUGUAGUUGAUGCCAAUGAGGGUGUUCAGGCACAAACUGUGGCAAAUUUUUUUCUGGCUUUUGAAGCUCAACUGGCAGUUAUUCCUGUUAUUAACAAAAUUGACUUAAAAAAUGCAGACCCAGAGAAAGUAGCAAAGCAAAUAGAAAAAAUUUUUGAUAUUCCUAAAGAAGAAUGUAUAAAGAUAUCUGCUAAACUGGGGACAAAUGUUGAUCAGGUACUUCAGAAAAUUGUGGACAAAAUACCACCGCCUACUGCAAGUUCAGAUGAGCCUCUAAAAGCAUUGGUGUUUGACUCUACAUUUGACCACUACAGAGGAGUCAUAGCAAAUGUAGCCCUCUUUGGCGGUUUUAUGUGUAAAGGGGAUAAAAUUGUGUCUGCCCACUUGGGAAAAGCCUAUGAAGUUAAUGAAGUUGGGAUUUUCACACCUGCAGAGAAACCAUCAGAUAAACUAUAUGCUGGUCAAGUUGGUUAUGUGGUUGCUGGAAUGAAGGAGGUCAAAGAAGCUCAGAUUGGAGAUACUUUGUAUUGGCUUAAGCAUCCAGUUCACCCACUGCCUGGAUUCAAGCCUGCUAAGCCAAUGGUUUUUGCGGGUUUAUAUCCAGUGGAUCAGUCGGAGUACAAUAAUCUACGUAAUGCAAUUGAAAAGUUGACUCUUAAUGACUCAAGUGUAACUGUACACAGAGAUAGCAGUCAAGCUUUGGGUGCUGGCUGGAGAUUGGGGUUUCUUGGCCUUCUCCAUAUGGAGGUUUUUAACCAGCGUCUGGAACAAGAAUAUAAUGCAUCAGUUAUUGUCACUGCGCCAACUGUUCCAUACAAGGCUGUUCUUAAGUCAGCAAAACUCAUAAAGGAUUAUGGUGAAAAGGAAAUUACCAUAGUCAACCCUACACAGUUCCCAGAAUCAUCCCAAGUAUCUGAAUAUUUGGAGCCUAUUAUUCUUGGCACAAUAAUCACACCUGACAAUUAUAUUGGCAAGAUUAUGACACUUUGUCUGAGCCGCAGAUCAGUUCAGCAGAACAUGAGUUAUAUUGAUGACCAAAGGGUUAUGAUGAAAUUUCUUUUUCCACUUAAUGAAGUUGUUGUGGACUUUUAUGACCAGCUAAAAUCUAUUUCUUCUGGAUAUGCUAGUUUUGACUAUGAAGAUGCAGGGUUCCAGCCAGCUGAUCUUAUAAAAAUGGACAUUUUAUUGAAUGGAAAACCAGUGGAAGAGCUAGUGACUAUUGUGCAUAGAGACAAGGCAUACUCUGUUGGCAAAGCAAUAUGUGAGAAACUAAAAGAGAGUGUUCCAAGACAGUUGUUUGAAAUAGCUGUUCAGGCUGCCAUUGGAAGUAAAAUCAUUGCUCGAGAAACAAUUAAAGCAUAUAGGAAGAAUGUGCUUGCUAAAUGUUAUGGUGGUGACAUAACACGCAAGAUGAAAUUACUAAAGAAACAGGCAGAAGGUAAAAAGAAGAUGAGAAAAAUUGGAAAUAUUGAAGUGCCAAAGGACACGUUUAUAAAUGUUUUAAAGAGAAAUGAAAAAUAGUGCAACACAGUGUCAUAAAUUUUGAUGGUAUAUAAUGUGAACAUAAAAUAUUAAAACACAAGGAUCGAGACAUUUUUCAGAUAAAAAAAGAUUGCAAAUAAAACGUAUAUUUAUCUAUCAUUGAACUGUAAUAUUCCUGCAUGACGCUAAUGUAUAUUAUAACAUACAAAAUGAUGUGAGUCAGACCAGUGUUAUUAUUUGGAUCCAGGUCUCAGCAAACAGAGCUUCAAAUAGACAUAAAAGAGCUGGUAGUGGUUUUAUGAGAGGUGUCAUAUCAGUGUUAUGCUACAGGCCAGG